ACGAAAUAAAGCGUGCUGACCAAGCGAGGGCGAAAGGAGCUGCACGCGAUGGCCUCAGCACAUUUUACACAAUUUUCGCUUCCGAUAUGCAGGAUGUAAAAGGGAUAACGAAAGGGUGAAGGGCUUUCAUUCAAAACACAAAAUGUAGUUCACAUAUCAAGCAUAAAUAAGCCCACAUUCCCCCCACUUCACCGUAUCGCUCUUUCCAAUGACGGCCCCAGAGCCCUCUACCGAGGAGUUAGCUUCCUGGUUCCUUCCCCACCGUACCCUGCACGAAGAAAUGCAACCGCUGUACGAGGCCACACAAGAAAUGACAAUGGAUAACGAGGAUGCCCGCGAUUUCAAUGCUCGAAUUGCACCGUACCUUUACGCAUUGUUCGUCUAUCCCUACGAGCGUUACAACAACUUUCUCCGAACAAACGGCAUCCCGGUUGCGCAACGCUGGCCGAUCCUUUCAGCACGAUUUGAUAACGACCUCCUUCCAAUCGAAGCUGGUUUUGAUAUUAGUUUCAGCGACCAGUACGAGGGCACCGUGCACAUGUGGGACCCCCAACUUAACAGUUUCAGUGCUAUGUUGCGAAAUGCCAUUUCUCAUGGUCAAAUUGGUAUUGGGUGGGAGGACGCCGGCGGGUGGCGGUUCCGAUUUUGGAAUUAUCCAAGAGGCUCAGAUGAGAGGAACUUUGAUGUGGAGUUGCCGAUGCGACAGUUCUUUAGCGGAGUUCUCGAAUGGUACAUAAACCAAGUGUUAUAUUGGGAAGCUCAUGUGGCUUGAAUCAGGAUAAUCAGUAUCGGACGAGUAGUUAUUCCUGUAAUAAUAAACUGAACAGUGUUUAUGUCAACAAUAUAUCAUUCUUUUGUUAGCGGGACA